CAGGAUUAUUACCAAGUAAUUAGAUUUGACUUCUUAAAUGAGGUUUCGUUUACAUUGUAUUUGUAAAGUUUGAUUAUUAAUUUGUUUUAGCGAAACUGAUUACACAAAAUGGACAUACCACCCGAAAUGAUGAAGGCUCUGGGGCAAAUGAAGUCAUUGCCUCCUGUUCCAUGGCCAGAGUAUGAAAAGAUAUCUUACCCAUCCUUUCUAACUUUUCGAAUGAAAGGAGCGGAACAGACUUUACAGGAAAUAAAGAACUUUCGGUCAUGAGAAACAGAUAUAUUAAUAUGCACUCAUUCAAAAUCAGGCACACAUUGGCUAUAUGAAAUAUUGGCAUUGAUUAUAAGUAAUACAACAGAAUUAGUUAAAGAGACAAAGGGUGAAAAGAUGCUGGAAGCAAUACCAGACUUAACCGUGCUUGAUGAACUUCCAUCUCCUAGAAUUCUCGACACGCAUGUGCAGUUCCAAUAUAUACCAACACGUCAUAUUGCAAUAGGCGGGAAAAUAGUUCACAUGAUAAGGAAUCCUAAAGAUGUCAGCGUUUCAGACUAUAACCACGUAAGGAAAGAUAUGGUAACAAAUUUAGAUAUACCAUGGGAUGAGUACUGUGAAAUCUGGAUGACGGGAAAAUUACCGUAUGGGUCAUGGUUUGAUUAUGAACUUGGAAUAGAACAAGCAGAAAAAGAUCAUCCGGGGCUAAUUUACACGUGUUACUACGAGGAUAUGAAAAAGAAUCCAACUAAAGAAAUUAAGAAGCUGGCAAACUUUCUAUAAAUAAAGGUAUCGGACGAAACUGUUGAGGGCAUUGCCGAUGCAACAACUUUUGACAACAUGCAGAAGAACAAAAUGGAUGGGACAAAAUUCGUAUCAAAUGAUGGGCAAGGUUUUAUUUAUAGAAAAGGUGAGAUAGGUGAUUGGAAGAAUUAUUACACCAUUGCUCAAAAUGAACGAUAUGAAACUCUGUUCAAGGAAAAAAUGAAAGAUAGUAAAUAUAAAUUUCAGUACGAAUAA